AUGAUGCCUCUCGCACCGACCCCUGUGCUGGCGGUGCCGUCUAAGCCGAAGAUAGGAUUCAGUAUUGACAGUAUAGUCGGCGGGUCGGAGAGAAACAAGCAGUCCUCUCCGCCGCUAGCGAGCCCGGGAUCUCCAUCGCCGGUCGCAUCCCCAAGAAGUCCAUCACCUCGACCUUUACUCCGGCCGAGUGCGCUACCCGCUGUAUUCCCAUCUCCCGAAGUGAAAAGACUGCCGUAUUUGGACGCUCAGAGUCAUCACCACCAGUUUCUGGCGCACUUCCAGGGUGCUGCGCUAGCGGCUGCCUUGGCCCAUCAGCAGCAAGGCUUUGGAGCCCCCCUCCCUCCCCAUCCUCCUCCUCAUCCCGCCGCCCCCGUGCCAAGAGAGUCCUACCAGCUUUAUCCCUGGCUCAUCAAUAGACACGGAAGGAUAUUCCCACACAGAUUUCCCGGCGGUCCAGAUAUCCCGGGGUUCUUGCUGCAGCCGUUCAGAAAGCCGAAGCGGAUUCGAACCGCCUUCUCACCAUCACAACUCCUCAAACUCGAGCACGCGUUCGAGAAGAACCAUUACGUGGUCGGAGCGGAAAGAAAACAGCUCGCCCAAGCACUUAGUCUUACCGAGACACAGGUGAAAGUCUGGUUCCAAAAUAGAAGAACGAAACACAAAAGAAUGCAGCAAGAAGAAGAAGCAAAGACUGGAAAUAAAUCCGGUUCAAGCAACACGAAGCCUGAUAACUUUAACAACUCCUACGACGAAGAAGACGAAGAACUAAUUGACAUGGACAUGGACGAACUAAGUGAAAGUGAGAAUGAGACGUAG